GACUGGAGAUUGACAACAAGCCUCGAGCUCCUCUUCUUUUUCUCUGAAUCGAGCUCUCCGCCGGCGACGGAUGCCACAAUCUUCUUGGAAUCACGAUCGGCCGCCAUCUGAAGCAUGCGAUGGAUGUCCGAACCCUAACCCCGUGGCCGCCGCCCCGGCCGUCGAUGUAUCCAGCGCGCUGCUCCUGGUUCUUGGCUAUCUCCGCCUGCCGGAGUUGUUGGCCUUCCAGGGCGUCUCGCGCCUCUUCAGGGACGCGGUCUCGCUGGACAGCUUGCUUUGGCGGCGCGUCUCGAUCGAGCGCCCUUUGAGCUUGCGGCUUACUGACGAAGCCCUCGUCCGUAUCACGUCGAGGGCCGGUGGGAAAUUGGAGGCUUUAGCUCUCCUGGAUUGCUGGAAGGUCACCGACGAUGGGCUCAUGCAGGUUGUGAAUCGAAAUCGAGGCAUCACCAAGCUUCAUGUACCUGGAUGCACGCAACUAAGUGCUGAUGGUGUAGUUAGAAUACUAAAAUGGCAUUAUGAGCUAAAAGGCCGGUUGAAGUCUCUCCAGAUUCAUGGAAUCCCUAACCUAACAAUCUAUCAUCUUGACGCUCUGAAGUUAUUGUUUAAAAAUGAUGUUCUGCAAGUUUCGUAUCCCAUCAACUAUAACAACCGGCCCUCUAACAUCUUCAACAGUGACCGCCCGAUAGAUGUUGAUAUUUGCCCAAAGUGCAGUAAUGUUCGAAUAGUUUUUGAUUGUACGAGGGAGAACUGCAGGUCUGGGAAGUCACAAUGGAGAGAAUGCAGAGGUUGUUUCUUUUGCAUUGCAAGGUGCGAAGACUGUGGAGGUUGUUUUGAUUUUUCAGAACUCAGUGAAGAAGCUAUCUGCUCUCACCUUCUCUGCCAGACAUGUUGGCUUCAUCUGCCAAAAUGCAACGUCUGCAAUCGUCCAUAUUGCAAUAGGGAUUCGAAUAUCCUUGAAGGUUCUUCCAAGUUUCUUGGUUUCCUGUGUGGGCAAUGUAUGGAGUCCACUAGCUCAUCGUAUCAAUCUUACAGUGGAUAAAUUCCUUAAACUUCUGUCAUAUUGACCUACUUCAAGUAAUACUCGAUGAAUAACGUGGCAGAAUUUGGGGUUAGAAGAAAUGUGGACUGUCCCAAAUAAUGUAAUUUCAUCCUUGAUCACAAAUUGAAACCUAAGGCAAGUUUUGGUACUUGACCUUUCCUUUGUGGUUUGCUACGAUAUAAUCCAAAUUAUUUGAUCAGUAAAGCUUUAAUUACUGUAUUAUUA